AUGGGUGAUCGGGACCAUAUUCGCUGUAUAGUUGACGGAUGUAGGAACAUGGAGAAGGACACGGAUUUAACCUUUUACGUAAUACCGGCGAAUCCCGAAAGACGCGUCAAGUGGCUUAAAGCAAUCGGGAGGACCGAUUUGCUAGAUAACAUGUACAUAAGGCAGAUGGGGUACAGAGUGUGCUCUAUACACUUCGAAAAUUCUGACAUAUUCGAGGUCAGCAUAAAGCGGGUGUUGCAACAUGUGACGCCGUCUAAAUACCUCUCGAGCGAUUCGUACCCUCCGAACAACACUCGCACCGUUUCGACGCAAACCCUUGACGUCUAUGGCAAUGAGUGGGUCAACGUAAAGAAGGAGAAACAGGAUUACGACGAUCUCCCGGCGCUAACUGGCGGAAUAAAGAGGGAAAUAGAUGAUGAGCCGACAGCAUCAACGUCAGCUGAACCGGGGACAGGCGACCCUCAAGAGCAACAGGUGGCGGAGAAGAAGAUGAAGCUGUCUGAGUUUCCUCCAAAC